AUGAAUAACUUUGUUCAGAAGAAAGAUCAAAGUCUUACUAUUAGCAGCAAAUCGGAAGAAAUUCAAGAAAUAACCUCACAACAAAACUCCACACUUAACCCGAUUACACGUAAAGAUGCAAGAGAACAUUUAGAAGACUUACAAAAACGGUUUCAGGCUGUAGUUCGUCGGAAGAAGGAAGGUGCGAGCAGGAAAAGAAACAUUCAAGAAGAGCAAACGUCUAAAAAGCUCGAAGAGAAAAAUCUCGACCGAGAAAAUGAUUUAAAGACGAAAAACAUUAAAAAACACAAAUGGUCUUUUGCGUCAGCAACAACAGAAUUCACCCCAUUACCCCAAAGCAUUGCUCAUUAUAUAGGCAUGAAUUCCCAACUGAAGGAUGUUGAUCACGGACGACUCAAUCCAAAGGGAAUAUUAGAGAAACAAUUAGAUCAAGCAAUAAGAGAAGGGAAUCUUAAUUUAGCAACAAAACUAAGUGACGAGAUCGCUGAACAAGACUACAAAAAGACGGUGAAAGAAGCGAUUGAACGCAAAGAGUUUGCUGAGGCCAAACAGCGUGAAGAAAAAGCUCGAGCGAAUAGAAAGAAACCGAAAUUGAAAUGGGGAUUUGAGACCAAACAACGAUGGGAGACUAAAAGCAACAUGUAA